AUGAGCUCCACCACACCACUCGUCCUGCCAUCUCCUUCAUUAGGACCAGCCUACGGUUCCUUGCUCAUAUGCACCUUCUUAAGCCUCAUGUUCUACGGUAUAGCGCUGCAUCAAGUAUACAGGUACCUUCGUCUUCAUAGUUCCGAUGCCUACUUGAUCAAAGGCUACGUUGCCCUACUCCUCGUUUUGGAUACCUUUCACACCGUUCUAGCCAUACACAUGACCUACCACAACCUGGUGACCAACUUUUUCAGGCCUUACCGCCUGGAGGACUCCCUAUGGUCUCUGAACCUGCAGCCGGUCACUACGGGGGCCGUCAUCGUUACUUGUCAAGUUUUCUUCGCCCGGCGGGCAUACAUAGUCAACAAGAAGUACCGGCCACUGGUAGUCGCGGCUAGUGGUUUGUUUCUGGGCGAACUCGCGUUUUCAAUAGCUUUUACUGUGAAAGGUUUUAUCGUUGGCAACAUAAACCAGCUCAACAGAUAUGCAUGGCUUCAAUCAGCGGGUUUCGGGGUUGCUAUCGGCGCCGACGUCGUGAUAACUUCCGUUCUCGUGCUUGCCCUACACCGGAGCCGGACUGGGUUUGAGCAAACCGACUCCCUGAUCGACGUUCUCAUAGCGUACUCAAUUUGCACCGGUUUCCUCACAUUAGUAUUCGCCCUGGCGUGCUUCAUCACCGCGAUCGCGUCAUCGGGAGACCUCCUACUGGGCGCACUUGACCUAAUUUGCGUCAAAGUUUACGUCAACUCCGUUCUAGCUACAUUGAACGCGCGUCCCAGGCCACGAUCGCGCGAGCUCUGCGAGCUCCGUGGAGAUGCCAUAAAUUUGUCGCAUCGUGCCAUGCAAAGUGUCGAUAAGGAUGAGUGGACAUCGACUUCGCAGCUGGGCAUGUCGCGUAAUAGGGACGCUGCCAUCCUCUCUAUCAAAGUGCAGAACGCAGGAGCCCGGGAGGUGUGA